UGUGUUCUGCUCGUCUGCAGGUGGAUCUGGAUUCUUCAGGAUCUGCUGGGAAUCGCCUUCUGCCUGAACUUCCUGAAAACCAUCAGCCUGUCCAACUUUAAGAUCUGCGUGAUUCUGCUCAGUCUGCUGCUGGUCUACGACGUCUUCUUCGUCUUCAUCACACCGUUCCUGACGCCGAAUGGAGAGAGCAUCAUGGUGCAGGUGGCUCUCGGCCCCGGCGCGGGAGGGAAGGGUGACAGCAAUGUAGUGGAGGUUCCAGGCGACAACACGUCCUCCUACGAGAAAUUGCCGGUAGUGAUGCGUAUCCCACAGUUCUCUGCGCUGGCUCAGAAUCUGUGCAUGAUGCAGUUCUCCAUCCUGGGCUACGGUGACAUCAUCAUACCAGGUCUGCUGGUGGCGUACUGCCACAGGUUUGACGUGUGGAUGGGAAACUCCAGAAGAAUCUACUUCAUCUCCUGCGCCGUCGCGUACGCUGUGGGUCUGGUGCUGACGUUCACAGUGAUGCUGCUGUCGAAGAUGGGUCAGCCGGCGCUGCUCUACCUGGUUCCCUGCACACUCCUGACCAGCGCCGUCCUCGCCUGCGUCCGCAAGGAGCUCACACACUUCUGGAGCGGCACCGGGACCUACCAGGUCCUGGACGAGUCUAGGAAGCCCUUAUUAUCAGAUGGAGACGCUGGUCACGCCGGCGGAGUGAGGAGCUGCUGAGAUUCUGACUGAUCUCAUCAUCAUCUUCAUCUUCAUCACUCAAUCACACUGGGACACUUUACUAAAACAUCAGACUGUCUGAAAAUUAUUCUUUAAGGGGCCUUAAAUAACCAGAUCAUCCUGCUGUUUUUUUGGUCUUUCACUUUUUUAUGCGAUAAUUUUUUAAUGUUGGGAAUAUUUGACAAAAGCCUCUCUUUCUCUGUAAUCGAAAUAAAUACAAAUCUGAAACCUGAA